CACAUUUCAAUCAUCUGUGAUCAAAGGCAUCACCUUUGAAGAGACCCCAUUCAAGAGUUUAUCAAAAAUGGGGUCGGCAGAAAAGAAUAAAAAGGUGGCUGUUGCCGGCGUCGCUUCCAUUCUCUUGGUGGCGUGCGUGGUGGCUGCCACCGUCUCCGGCAGAAGGCCUGGCGGUGCCGAUUCCGGGUCCGGCGAGGUUUCAACCGCAACAAAGUCGGUGAAAACCAUUUGCGCCCCAACGGAUUACAAGGAGACCUGCGAGAGGAGCCUUGCGGGCGCUAAGGACACUAGCGACCCCAAAGAGCUUAUCAAGGUGGCGUUCAUGGUGACGGUGGAGAACAUCACCGACGCCAUUUCCAAGUCGAAGCUUCUCAAGGAGGCGGACAAGGACCCCAGAACUUCCGACGCGCUCGACACGUGCAAGGAGCUGCUAAAAAACUCUGUUGACGAUCUCAAGAGGUGUUUCGAGAAGGUCGAGAAUUUUAACAUGGAGAACGUCAAAGAAUUCGCUAACGACCUCAAGGUCUGGCUGAGCGGCGCCAUCACACAGCAGCAGACCUGCAUAGAUGCCUUCGAGAACACCACGGGCGACACGGGUGAGAAGAUGAAACACCUCCUUAAAACCGCCAAUGAGCUCACCAGCAACGGCCUCGCUAUGACUACUCACUUCACAGAGCUCCUCCAGACCUUGGAAAUCCCUGGAUUAUUCAAUCGUAGGUUAUUAGCAGCUGAAACUAAAGAAGAAGAAGUAUUCCCGCCAUUUAUAGACGCUGCCACGCGCCGUCUCCUCACCACUGAUCCGGCCUCCAUUAAACACGAAAUUGUGGUUGCCAAGGACGGAAGUGGAAAAUAUAAUAGCAUCGUUGAGGCUCUAAAAACUGUUCCUUAUAAAAACAAGGAGACUGUUGUCAUCUUCAUCAAGGCCGGUGUGUACAAGGAACACGUGGAGGUUCCAAGGAAGAUGAACAAUAUUGUUUUCUUAGGAGAGGGCCCAACCAAAACCAGGAUUACUGGAAACCGGAAUUACGUAGACGGGAUCGGCACCUAUCACACCGCCACCGUUGCUAUCCAAGGAGACGGUUUCAUUGCUCGGAAUAUCGGAUUCGAGAACAGCGCAGGGUCAGAGAAGCACCAAGCCGUAGCCCUUAGGGUUUCAGCCGAUAUGACCAUAUUUUACAACUGUCAUAUCGAUGGCUAUCAAGACACCUUAUACGCCCACUCUUACCGCCAGUACUACCGCGACUGCACCAUCACCGGCACCAUCGACUUCAUCUUCGGGGACGCCGCGGCCGUCUUCCAGAACUGCAAGAUGGUGGUGAGGAAGCCAUUGGAGAACCAGGCCUGCAUGGUGACCGCCCAAGGCAGAAAGGAGCACCGCGGGGUCGGCACCCUCGUCCUCCAAGACUGCGAGAUCCUCCCAGACCCCGCCCUCAAAUCUGUGAAUCCGCCCGUCAAAGUGUACCUCGGGCGGCCCUGGAAGGAGUACUCCAGGACGGUCAUCAUGCAGUCUUACAUCGACGGUUUCAUCGCCCCCGAAGGUUGGGCUCCGUGGAAUGGUGACUUUGCACUGGACACCCUCUGGUACGCGGAGUAUCAAAACCGCGGGUCGGGAGCUUCAACGGCGUCUAGGGUUAAGUGGAAUGGGUACAAGAAGAACAUUAGCCCAGAUAUUGCUCAGCAGUUUACUGCUGGAAUGUAUCUGGACGGUGAUGUCUGGAUCAAGCCAAGUGGGAUUCCCUACGAAUCUGGAAUGAUGAAGGUCUAGGACCAACUAAGAUUCCUAACUAUUAUGGUAGCUUACUUAAACUGUUAUAAACGUGUAACUGUAAUAUUGAAUUGGCGGUACGGUGAAUCAUUUUUACACCAA